AUGUUUAAAAUGGGCAGAGAUUCUCAUCAGUCACCAUUUUUAUCCACUCCGAAAAACGAGUUCCUUAAAAACUCAAUUAAAAGAAACUUCAUGCAAAAACUUUUGCAACAACAAUUCCAUGCUAUUACUCAUAAUCGUAUGAUAGGGAUAAGAGAAACAUGGAAAAAAGCCUUGAGUGUGUGUUCGACUGAAGAAUAUAAACGAUUUAUCACAGAUUUUUAUUCUUAUCAGUAA